AUGGCCAACGAGAAAAAGUGUUAUUUCCCCGACGAAAGCGAAGUAGAUGCGCAAGAAUCAACAAUCACACCCUGCAAUCCCACUUCCUCGGAACAUAGUGCUUGCUGUCCAGCAGAUUCCGUCUGUCUUUCCAACGGUCUCUGUUUUCAACAGAAUGCCUGGGGAAAUCGAGUCGCGAGAAGUGCAUGUACAGAUUCUUCUUGGAAGGAUCCUUCUUGCGCCAGUGUGUGUACGGAUGUCUUCACAAAUGUCCCCAUUUCCAUGUAUCUUGUCGAACCAGACUCUCCUGAUGGCUACUUUUGUUGUGGAGGAAUGUAUAAUGGAACCGCUUGUCCUACCACGACGAAAAAUUCAAAUGUUCCGAUUACAUUGGAAAGAGGCCUGGUUUUGUUCCCAAAUACCAGUUUGACAUUAAGUCAAUACGCGCUUUCCGUGGCGGAAGACAAUGACAACAACAAGAAAAACAACAACAACAACACCACCACCACUGCUUUGGAUAGCAAUCCGAAUUUGGGAGAGUCCGCAAGAUCUACAGCGAGCAGCGCCGCCGUCACCGAUUCGAACAACAACACCACCACAGCUCCAAUCGCUGUGGGAGUCGCUCUAGGCGUCUGUCUUUUGAUCGUUUCUGCGCUAUUACUCUGGCAAUGGAGACGAGCUCGCGCGCUACAAAAAGAUCUCGCGACGUUGCGGAAGGAAGCUUCGUUCUCGCAUCACCAUGAUGCCUCUUCUCCUAGCAUGGCAUGGAAUAACAACAACAACAACAACAACAGUAAUGGAGGAGGAUACGGAAGUGGAAGUGGGAAUGGGAUUGCAUACGGGAUGGAACAACACAGACAUACACAUUCCGUGGAUUGGUUUCGAGGUACGACGGGCGAAACGACUCCUCUUGCUGAAGCCGAGGGGGGGAAUGAGAAAGGGAGGUAUAUGGCCAAGGAACUUCCUGUUGAUGUCAAUCGAUUGGAAUUGCAGGGUUGA